AAGAAGCCAGCUUUGCCUCCCCAGCUUUACUCUACAAGCAUGUCCUCAGACGUGCAGCCGUGUGAUGAAGCGGACCAACUAACUUCCAGAGAGCACCGGACGAAGGUAACCCGCUGCACGAGUAGCAGAAAAGCCUGAGAGCAGGGGCAUCCCAAGCUGACCCCAUCCGGAGACUUCUUCCUGGGCUGAACACAAUGGAGACUGUUUGACAGUGGAAGUGGAGGUUUACUGUACAGUAGCUCAGCUGGAGUUCCUCACCCCUUCAUGACAUGCAGUGAGCCGAUGCCACUAACAGGUGCAAAGGCGAUUCAACGCCUGAACUCCAACUGAAUAGAAGAACAUCCCCAAGACCAGAUGCAAUGGAGAUGUUCAAUUUCACCAACUUCACCUACUGGAAUGCCUCGGAAGGCACUGACGCAGGGCCUGUCAUUGAACCCGAAAGCCCAUACAAGACUGUGGAGGUGGUGUUCAUCGUAUUGGUGGCUGGGUCCCUCAGCCUGGUCACUGUUAUUGGAAAUAUCCUGGUCAUGCUUUCCAUUAAGGUCAAUAGGAACCUACAGACUGUCAACAACUACUUUUUAUUCAGCCUUGCAUGUGCUGACCUAAUCAUCGGGCUGUGUUCCAUGAACUUGUAUACAGUAUACAUAGUGAUUGGCUACUGGCCCUUAGGUCCUGUGGUGUGUGAUCUGUGGCUAGCCUUGGACUAUGUAGUGAGUAACGCAUCUGUCAUGAACCUACUCAUCAUCAGUUUUGACAGAUACUUCUGUGUCACAAAGCCCCUCAGCUACCCUGUCAAAAGGACCACCAAGAUGGCAGGGAUGAUGAUUGCUGCUGCCUGGGUCCUGUCUUUCAUUCUGUGGGCCCCGGCCAUCCUUUUCUGGCAGUUCAUCGUGGGCGGGCGGACAGUGCCUGAGAGGGAGUGUUACAUUCAGUUCUUCUCUAAUGCAGCAGUCACCUUCGGCACAGCCAUCGCAGCCUUCUACCUGCCCGUUAUCAUCAUGGUCAUUCUCUACAUACAGAUCUCUAUAGCCAGUAAAAGCCGGGUGAAGAAAGAGACCAGGAAGCCGUCAGGGCCCAACCCAGAGGCCCUGUCCCAUGAGCAGGCAAGGUGCAGUAAUUCUGCCAAGCCCAUCAACAACAACGUGACAGCAGAGGACACAGAGCAGGGCAGGACCGAAGCCAUAGAUGACGUGGCCAACCAGCACGACGGUAAACUGCAGAACGGCAAGGGCCCGUCCACCACGGGUGGAGACGGGGAGAUGGAGGGCGUGGACAGGGGUAGGGAGAACUGUGCCCACGGAGAGGAGAAAGAGAGCUCCAACGACUCGACAUCUGGCAGUGCAGCAGCGUCCAACCACAAAGAAGAAGAAGCGGUGCCAUCCAGAGCAAACUGCAACACCGAGCUCGUUCAGCAGCCAACCCGCCACCGGGCCAAGGCAGGCGGCUCCAAACUCACCUGCAUCAAGAUUAAGACCAAGUCUCCCAAGGGGGACUGCUACACGCCCUCCAACGCCAUGGUGGAGAUCGUCCCCGCCACGGAGAAGCAGAACCACGUGGCGCGGAAAAUCGUGAAGAUGACCAAGCAGCCGCCCAAGAAGAAGAAAGCGCCACCGUCUCGGGAGAAGAAGGUGACCCGUACCAUCAUGGCCAUCCUGGUGGCCUUUGUGGCCACCUGGACCCCUUACAAUGUCAUGGUGCUCAUCAACACCUUCUGCUCCAGCUGCAUCCCCAGCACAGUCUGGACUAUCGGCUACUGGCUGUGCUACAUAAACAGCACCAUCAACCCCGCCUGCUAUGCCCUCUGCAAUGUCACUUUCAAAAAGACAUUCAAACAUCUCCUCCUCUGCCAAUACAAAAACAUUAGGUCAGCUAGAUGAAUAUGGAUGCGAGUGUGGAUGUGAGUGUGUGAGCAUGUGUGUGUGUGUGUGUGAGAGAGAGAGAGAGAGAGAGAGAGAGAGAGAGAGAGAGAGAGAGAGAGAGAGAGAGAGAGGUUUAUGAUGUGGUCCCUUUCCUUUGUUUUUACUCUACGGCUCAUAAGAGAACAUGUAUCCUGCAGCCAUGUUGGGUUUGGCUCUGAUGAAUGAGAUUUGUGAUGCAACUGUUGAGACAUAAGACUUACAAAGAAGCACACAGCCAGGAGAACAAAUAGACCGAACUUGAAAAGGACAGUUGGAUAGAGAGCUCUGCACUGCACAAGACGAAUUCUAAGGGAAAAUAGGGCUGACUGAAUUCACGUACUUCCCGUUUGAAAUUCAGUGUCAAAAAAAGAAACCUGUAUAUAUCAAUGUAUACGCAAAAUCUAAGUGUGUGUGUGUGUGUGUGUGUGUGUGUGUGUGUGUGUGUGUGUGUGUGUGUGUGUGUGUGUGUGUGUGUGUGUGUGUGUGUGUGUGUGUGUGUGUGUGUGUGUGUGUGUGUGUGUGCAUUAGUCUGAGCGUGACAGAAUGAUCCAUCACACAGUUUCAGUGGAGAUGUCCGCCAGUAAAGACAGCACAACACAAGGACAUACAGAACAUACUACAAACUGUUAUCUGUAUGCCUGUGGCACUCUGUGUUGGCGGCACACAAAGCAGAGCAGCUUGUCUAAACUUCCUCUCUGACAUGUUCAUAUACGACUGAGUAAUAUGGCUGGGAGCCUUCCUAUCUCCAGGGAUGGACCAUAAGUGGCCCCUGAAGGGCAUAGCAGGACAGAGACCAGGCCUGGCCAGGGUCACCUCUCACCACAACGCAGGACUGAGGUUAGAAAACUUGUAAACAAAUAAAUAGAUCAUUUAAAAAAACAUCCAAAAAGGCAUUGUUCAAUUACAUUAUUUAGCUUGCUAUUCGUUUUCCACAUACUUUUAGAUGAUCGGUGAUUUGAUCUCUUACAAUUCAUUACGUGAAGAGUUUGACGUUUAUUUGAUUGUAUAUUAAGAUAUUUUUUUAGUCAGAUAGUCUAAACUCUUAGGAAAACAAGGUGCUAACUAGAACCAAAAAGGGUUAUUUGGCUGUCACGGUAGGAGAACCCUGUGAGAACCCCUUUUGGUUCCAGGUAGAACCCUUUUGGAUCCAGUAGAACUCUUUUGCGAUCCAUGUAGAACCCUUUCCACAGAGAGUUCUACAUGGAACCCAAAAGAGUUCUACCUGUAAACAAAAAGGGUUCUAUCUGAAACCAAAAAGGGUUCUCCUAUGGGGACAGCUUCAGAACCCUUUUGGAGCCUGUUUUCUAAAAGUGUGUUGAUGCUUGGAGCUUGUAAAUACAUUCAGAGGGUGGCAGUUGGCAGGGGCUUGGAGCCAAAGCCUAUUCAAUUAUACAGGAAGGGAUCUUGUGCUUUUCCAGGGGUGAGUUGGAUAUUCCUCUGAGAUUGGAUUUUCAACAUAAUUUAAUCCCGCUGUGUUGCAGAUGUUACCGCCUGUGACAAGAGCCUGUUGUAUGUCAGUCCUGACUGAUAAUGAAGAGAAAGAUUGAAAAGGAUUGUAUUUUGUCUUGCUGUCAUCAGAGGUGGUUUGUAUUCGUUGAGUAGGGGUUACCAAGGUUGUAGAGUGAUUGAAAGAGUAUCGUGAAGAUUUUAGAGGUUAUUUCAGUCCAUGUUUCUGUUGUUACCCCAGAAUGGGGUUAAAUACCAAUAAUCACAGGCCAUGGCCUUGUGAAUUAUAAGGGCUACUCGAUGUUAGAUGUACUAAUUCAUCUACAUCUGUGUGUUUGCGUGUGUGUGCGCGUGUGUGUGUGUGCGUGUGUGUGUGUGCGUGUGUGCGUGUGUGUGCGUGUGUGCGUGCGUGCGUGUGUGCGUGUGUGUGUGUGUGUGUGUGUGUGUGUGUGUGUGUGUGUGUGUGUGUGUGUGUGUGUGUGUGUGUGUGUGUGUGUGUGUGUGUGUGUGUGUGUGUGUGUGUGUGUGUGUGUGUGUGUGUGUGUGUGUGUGGACGUGUUUAACUAUUAGUAAACAAACCAAAUUUGAACAACUGGAGACAUUUUGUUAGUUCCCACGAGGUCAAAUGCUAUUUCUAGGGGGUUUAGGGUUAAGGUUAGAAUGAUGUUAAGGGUUAGGGUUAGUAACAAUGGUUACACCAUACCGCACGCGUGCGCCAUCGUGCCAAAAUUGAUGUUGUGCCCCCAAACGCGAUCAAGACACGCAGGUUAAAAUAUCAAAACAAACUCUGAACCAAUUAUAUUCAUUUGGGGACAGGUCAAAAAGUAUUAAACAUUUAUGGCAAUUUAGCUAGCUAGCUUGCAGUUGCUAGCUAAUUUGUCCUAUUUAGCUAGCUUGCAGUUGCUAGCUAAUUUGUCCUAUUUAGCUAGCUUGCUGUUGCUAGCUAAUUUGUCCUAUUUAGCUAGCUUGCUGUUGCUAGCUAAUUUGUCCUGGGAUAUAAACGUUGAGUUGUUAUUUUACCUGAAGUGCACAAGGUCCUCUACUCCAACAAUUAAUCCACACAUAAAACGGUCAACCGAAUCGUUUCUAGUCAUCGCUCCUCCUUCCAGGCUUUGUCUUUUUUGGACUUAUGUAGUUUAUAGUUACAUCGACGACCAACCGAACUCAGUUCAUCUUUCAAUCACCCAUGUGGGUAUAACCAAUGAGGAGAUGGCACAUGGGUAUCUGCUUCUAUAAACCAAUGAGGAGAUGGGAGAGGCAGGACUUGCACCGUGUUCAGCGUCACAAAUAAAACAUAUAUUUUAGUGCUUGGGAACGUAGACACUCGUUGGCGCUUGCGAGCAGUGGGGCGUGCAAUAAUUGAAUAACAUGUAUGUUUAAAUUUAUUUUGCAACGAGCGCACGCGAUGUGAGCGGUGUGGUCAGCAUGUUAGGGUUAGGAGCUAGGGUUAGAGUUAAGGCUAGGUUUUUGGGUUAAGGUUAGGGUUAGGAUAAGAGUAUGGGUUAGGGUUAGUUUUAAGUUUAGGUUUAGGGGUUAGGGAAAAUAAGAUUUUGAAUUGGACUGAAUUGUGUGUCCCCACAAGGUUAGCUGUACAAGUGUGUGUGUGUGUGUGUGUGUGUGUGUGUGUGUGUGUGUGUGUGUGUGUGUGUGUGUGUGUGUGUGUGUGUGUGUGUGUGUUUCAUCACAUGAAUAUAGAAUAUAGAUGAAGUCUGUACUGUUUGUGUAUGUCUGUUUUAAUGAGAUCACAGUCUAAUGACGUUAGAAAUAAUACAAUACUAGAAUUCCCAUGUUUUUGUGUCAUACUGUUUGUGUCCAUUCAUUUCAUCCAGAGCAUGCUGAUCUUCAACACAGUCCAUUUAUCUCUGACAUGCUAAUGUAUUCCAAUUUAAGUAAUGAAUAUAAAGCAGCCAUGGGAUGGUCGCCACGUUGGUUGCUAGGGGGGCUUAACAGAAAAUGACACCAGCAUUGAGCAGCCCCUUAAGGCAGUCUCCUUAAAGAGAGAUAUGGGACAAGCCUUUAAUGGAAACUCACCAUGAGCCUGAUCAGAUUAUAAAAUGAUGUGGAACACCGACUGGAGAUUAAAGAUUGGCUAUUACGUGCUCAAUUUACACAGCCCCUCCCGUCCCACUUAGUGUCCCACUUGCUCCUGAUCCCGUUAUGUGUGACUGUGACGUCCCCUAUAUCAGGCAUUGUUUAAAGGCCUGUGAAACAUAAGGAACAUCAUAUUUACAUUUACUAUCUAUCCCUCUCUAUCUCUAUCUAUCUCUCGCUCUCUCGUUCUCUCGCUCUCUCUCACUCUUUCGUUCUCUCUCUCGUUCUCUCGCUCGCUCGCUCUCUCUCUCUCGUUCUCUCUCUCUCUCUCGAUCUCUCUCUCGCUCUCUCGUUCUCUCUCGCUCGCGCUCUCUCUCUCUCGCUCUCUCUCUCUGACAUUGUCCCCCAAUGUCUCCUCCCCCUUAAUGACAUUGUUAUGACUAACAUCGCCCCCAAUAUUAUAAAGAUAAAAGACAACGCAACCUACUGCAAAUUCACUAGAGGCGUCAAAAUAACACAACAUUUAGGUCAUGAGUAAUUAUUAAUAAAUUCUGCUUUUAAUGGAAAUAGUGAUGGCAAAGGAAGUGGAAGAGGAUGAAGAUCAUCUGAAUCCUUGCAAUCUUCCUUAUUUAAAUGCAGGUUGUCCUCUGGAAGCCUGGCUCGUAUAAUUCAGUCAAUCUGUUCAACUGCCUGAGCCCAGCAGUGUGCGCGAGGCACCCAUCCAAGUUUACAAUCCAGCCAUCCGUCAGGUUGAUAAGUGGACCCAUGUCUGGGUGUCAUCUGUCACAUGUCUCAGUGGUUGGUGUUGCUAAGAGCCUCCUAGCUUCCCAGAACGGAAUGUCUGAUUCAGCUCAGUUUAAGCUGUUGUUUGAGUGAUACCAGCAGGAAAGUAAGUGCUCUCCAACACAACUGGUGGUCUGGGUCUUUUUAGAGAACAGUUAUCCGGGUGUUUGAUGGAAAGUGACAGCCAUUUAUCACCAAUGGAGGGACAGGGUUCACCGCCCCCAGACAAGAUGGCUGUCACUCACUGAGUCUCAGCGGAAUGCUCUUUCAGCUGCUUUCAGACAAAGUGGAAAGCUCACACCCCUUUAGCACUCCUCACCUGUCAACAGCAUAUUGUUUGACUAACAGGACCAAAGAAAUCCUGCGCUGCCCACUUUGUACGGUCUGAUAAGCCCGCAUUUGUAGUCACAGUUGCAGAGAGGCGGCCUGUCGUCCACAGGAUACACAACAGGCUCUCACAUCUUAGGUACCAUGUUUGGAUACUGUCAGCCAUUUCAGCCAAAGGGGGUCAGCCAAAGGUUUCCACAAAAUAAAUAACCCGUCCUUCAGGAAUCACACGUUACUGUAUAGUCUAGAGAAUGAUGGAAACAAGGUGAUGGAGUACAGUAACUCUGAUGGAUUUUGGCUAGACUUUUUAUUACCAUACUGUAACAACAGGACAUGCUCUCUGUCCAUGUGGGGGGGUGUAUUUCUCAUUGAGUGGAUUCACUUGUCAACGUACAAAGAGCCUCAUUCCACUGGUACUGUAUAUUUCCCUUUCAUCACAUAAACAUUGUCUCCAUGGCGUCAACAGAUCAUCAUGUGUCGUCUGAGCUAGCUGGGCUCCUCUUCACACGGCUUGUUUCAAAGGGCUAAACCUUUUUAGGGAGAUGUAUUUUUCCCUAAAUGUUUGAUUGUGAUUGAUUAAAUGUUGGGGGAUUGUUUUGGUUUAGUAGUUAGUUAGUUAGAAUUGUGAUGUUUUGAUAGUGUACUUGACAAGUGUGUGAAAGAGUAUUUAUUUAGAUUGUUACUGUGUUGUUUGGAUGGUAGCAUCCUGAGUCUCUGUUUCUAGUUGAGAUAGUUGGGCUGCUUCUGCCACUUCUAGCCGUGUUUCCAAGGUGAUGUGGUAUAUGAAGUGUAUCUGAACAGACAAAUAUAUCGCCACAUUGUAUACUGAGCAAUUUGAAGUGCCUUAUUACUUAUUACCCAUUCUUAUAAUUGCUCAUUGAUGUUUAAAUUGAUGUUUUAUAUUUUCAGUUGAUGAAAUCUUUGUUAGAUGGUGGUGUAAUUUAAGGUGACAGUCAUAGAUGUAGAAAAGCACAAGAUCAUCUAAAGUCUAAAAUGUUUAUUUUCUCCUUCGUUGUGGUCGUAGAAGGCAUAGGUUUUGUAAAAGGGGGAAAACGUAUCUAAUUCAUCCCUGGAGGUUUGGAGGGUACUUUAACGUGUGUGUGUGUGUGUGUGUGUGUGUGUGUGUGUGUGUGUGUGUGUGUGUGUGUGUGUGUGUGUGCAGGGAUGUCAUGCACCCCAAAAAUGUAUGUGAAGACGGCUGGGGGUGGUCCUGAGAGGGGCUAAUUUGACAUUUUUCAAACACCUGAAAUAGCUUUUUUUCUGCAGUCUAGAGACAUAAUAAUUAUGCUUCAUUAUAUGUCAAAAUGUGUCUAUUUUUCUGCAUAUCUACGCAUACCUCUUGAGCUGUCUGUAUCCUCCUUACUGGUGGUUCUUUUUUAAAACAAACUAAAUAUGCUUCUCUGCAUCUCUGCUAAAAUCUGGGUAAAAGAUUGAAAGGAAUGUGAGUCUUAUUCAGUACAUUUAGUAAACGCUUGCUUUUCUAAAGUCUGCCAACCUUGCCAGCAGGCAUGCCAGCUAAGAUAGUUAGACAAGCUAGCUACUCGAACUUGAUUGCCUGAAGUGGCUUCAUGGUAGCUAUUUAUGCGGUCGGGAGAUUGGGAACCUAUCUGGGCUAAAACCAACUUUAUAGAAUUGCUAGGUGGCUAGUAAUAUUACAGAGAAAACAACGACAACCACACACACAUACAUACACACAUACACACACACACACACACACACACACAUACAUACAUACAUACAUACAUAUAAAUUAAUUAAACAGGACAAAUCUGAGGGGGGCACCUGUCUCUAUGCCCCCUAUGGGCAUCUCUGUCUGUCUGUCUGUCUGUCUGUCUGUCUGUCUGUCUGUCUGUCUGUCUGUCUGUCUGUCUGUAUGUACAAAUGAGUGUGUGUGCUUUGCUUUGCUUUGCUUUGCUCUAUAAGAGACCCUUAGCAUGUCAAAGCACCAAGUGGCAUCUGUAAAUAAACACAACCCCAUAGAAACACAAGCCGCACAUUGCGUUCAGGGGGUAAGAAACACUAAAGGAUUCAACAAACAAUGUUGCUUCUGUCCUCACCUCACAUUCCCUGUUUGAAAAGUGUCUCAAAAGCAAGUGGCUUCCAAAGACACACUCUGAAAGAUAAAGAUUUACAAGACAAACAUUUAUUUUUGCCUAAACACAUGUAAACACAAUGUGAUCAUCAUACUGUACAUUUUGUAUCACGUUUUAUAAAGCUAUAUCUAUUAUAUUGUUGUACAAAAUCUAGAAUUGAACAGUGUAUCAGUAUGUGUUAGAUGAGUACUGCAUCCAGACUGAACAUGUGUUUUGUUGGAGUGACAAUAUUAUGGCGGGAAAGAAAGAAACAUCGUUAAGUAAAUGAGAAAACAAAUGCAAUUCUGAGAGAACGGACCACUGCUGUGUGACAUUUAAAACUGAACUAAAGUACACUCAACUGUCCCACUUAACUUCUUUUUUUUACUCUGUCCCACGUUUGGGCUUUGUGAGACUGACGAUCAGUCGAAGAGGAGAGUCAAGUGGUAACCUGCUGAAUCUGUAGAGAAAAACCCCCAUUACUGACAAACAAUGAAGUGCUGAUGAUCAGCCAAGGGAUGUGUGUUCGGCAUCCAUUUUGUCUCAACUUGUAAAUGAGUGAUGAGUGAAAAGGGACACAGACUGACCGUAGGGAGAAACUGUGAGACCAGCUGCUACAACAUGCAGUGUAGUAUUGGAAACAUCUGGACCUCUUCCAGAUAUCUGGGGGAAUUGUUAUUGAAACAUAUUCAAAGUCUUGUCUCGAGGGAAUGAACCAUUUUGAACCAUUGUAGGUGCGACUUCAUUUAAAUAUCUCUUCAAAUGGACAAAUGGAAUACAAAUGAUGAAAACUUAUAUGGUGGAAAAUGUAUAUACAGCAGUGUACACUCUUCCAAAAGGGUUCUUCAGCUGUCCCCAUAGGAGAACCCUUUUUGGUUCCAGGGAGAACCCUUUUUGGUUCCAAGUAGAACCCUCUGUGGAAAGGGUCCUACAUGAAACCCAAAAGGGCUCUGUCUUGGAACCAAAAGGGUUCUACUUGGAACCAAAAAUAGUUCUUAAAAGGGUUCUCCUAUGGGGACAGCCGAAGAACCCUUUAAGGUUCCAGAUAGCACCUUUUUUUUUCUUACGAGUGUACAGGGUGUUCAUUUUUCAUUUGCGUCAGUAUGUAAAUCGAAUCAUUGUGCUCUCAUCCGCUGUGCCUCAUGGCUCCUAAUACAGUCGAUAUAUUGUCUGUUUAAAACGUAUUAUUUGAAUUGUAUAUAUCUCUAUAGUAUACAUUAUAUGUCAUUUGGAUGAGGUACAGUUGAAAUGUAUAUAAGUCUACACGUGUUUAAUAGCUAUCUGAAUGUUCCCUUCCCUUCUCACCCUCCCUUGUCCUAAUAUGAUACUCCCUCACCCCUAAUGUACAGUAAUAAUGUUAAUGAUUUCCUUUGCGCCAUUAGUUGAUUGUUUAAUAGUUCUGGACAAUGAAGCUGAGUGUUAAUAUCACUGGCCACUCACUCACUUAUGAAGCUGUAAAAUAUUAACCAUAUUCAGUGGAUUUAUGGUGGCGUAUUCAUUUUUUAAAUCAAUUCAAAUAAAAUGUAUGAAAAAUGUU